AUGGAAAAUCCUGCGUGGGUGGACCUGCCAGAGGAUGACGCUGCUCGAUGUCAUCAAUACACCAGCAGCGAGGAGGAGCAGAACCGUCCCGCCCUGACCACCGAGGAUAGGGUAGCGGGGAAAAGGCCACUAGCAGUGGAUCCGCCCCCUGCGGAGGCGCUGCCGGCAGAGAGCAGCCAAGCGCCGAAACGUCGUCGGCUCGUCAGGAUCACCGACGAUGACGAGGAGGAGGAGGCGGCGCCAUCUUUGGUUCGAAAGCCAUGUAGUCGUCCGGAUGUUGCACUGGCCACUGCUGGUCGGAUGACCAGCGACCCGCCUGCCCCACACGCCGAGCCGACGCGUGUUUGGAGAGACAGGGGCAGCGGUGACGGCUGCAUGGCAUCGGACGUCGACCCUGACCAUAUUGCUAGCCAGAGGACGGCCGAGCCCGUGGCUGUCGUUGGAGACGCCAUGCUACAGACCACCCAGGAGCAUGCCGAGGAGCAGCCCGCGACGACGACCGAGGCUGAGAGUGCCGAGGAGCAUCCGGCCCCGGCAAGGGCCAGAGCGAGCACCCCUACAAGGGACGGAGAGGCUGCGAGGAUGCCUCCCCCAAGCAACGUUGCGGAGGAAGAAGGCAGAGCUCCGACUCCCCCGCCAGCUGAAGAAGGGAGGGUCCCAACCCCGCUCCGAGCAGGGGCCUCUUCACCAGUAGGUUCCCCUGGCCUAGAUCAGGGUCCAGUGAUGCCUGCGACCACGGCCGGGGGUAGUGCGGAGGGCGAGCAAGCCCGAACAGCCUCCGAUGACGAAGUGGAUGAGAUCCAAGGUCGUCCCAAAGAUGGCCGCCAGCACGUGUAUGUGUGGCGCCAACGCGAGGACCACUUCAUUGGUCAUAAGGAACUCAGGAAGACGGAGGAGGCCGCGAGGGUGGAGCGCGCAGCGAAGCGGCUUGUGGACGAGUUUGUAUUCUUCUUGUACGACGCAAUGAAAACAGCGAAGUACCGAAAAAGGUGCUUCGACCAGAUUGAGGGCAUCGUGGCCGAUAACAUGGCCCUAUCCGCGGAGGUGGACCAGCUUCGCCCCGAGCUCCCUGAAGACCAGCUCCGCGCGCCGAAGCUGUCGCCAGUCAAGAAGGCGCAACGGGCGUGGGACUGGCUCUAG